AGGUCUAUAUCAAACGAAUUCAGAAAUUCGCUCGCAAGUUUUCUUCGAGUGACGGCGCUGUAAGUAACUAAUGUUAUUAACAGUUUAGUGUAGCACAGUGAAGUAAUAUAGAAUUGAAGGUUAUUGAUGGGUUUCAUCAGAAAUGUUGACAGGAAAAAAACAUUUCUCAUUCAGAUAAUUUCUGGAGUUGACUACUAUCUGUUGUUCGACAGUGCUUUGUGCAACCCACGAAUAUAAAAGCUACACUCUGUGAUUUUUAACAAUCUUUCGUCUGAAGCAUGAAAUAUGUUUUAUUUUCAGCUCGACGCACCGCCUCUGUCUCCUUUGCCAGUUGCGAGGAAUCAACCUCACUCGCCACGUCGGGUAAGUUUGUUUUUUUUAAUUUCUGCGUUUUUUAUAUACACACGUAAAAACGCACAAGUGGUUACAGGUCUGCAAACAAGUCGUUACAAAUCUGUUCACAAGCUGUCAACAAGUUGUGUUCGUACUGCUUGUUCCCAGUUAUUGUAACAAGUUGGAAACAAGCUGUUAACAACUUGUAACAAGCUUGAUGGCAUUAUCAGACUUGUUACAAGGUUGUUCUGACAAGUCUGAUACAGUCAUAAUAUAACAAGAAUGUUACAAAGUUGACGACACGAGGUUGUAACAAUAUUGUUAUAUCAUGACUGUAUCGGACUUGUUGGAACAACCUUGGAACAAUCUGAUAAUAUUAUUUUUUUCUGUGUUGGUGUUGUGUACUCAGGUGAAUAUGAUAUUUGUGAUGUUACUUUGAGUGUAUAUCCACACCGGGCGAGCUUGAAAAAUGUGCCCGGCAACGGUGGGAAUCGAACCUACGACCUUUGGAAUACUAGUCCAUUGCUCUGCUGUAGUUCAGUUGGCAGAGCAUUGGGCUAGUAUUCCAAAGGUCGUAGGUUCGAUUCCCACCGUGGCCAGGCAUAUUUUUCAAGCUCGCCCGGUGUGGAUAUACACUCAGAGUAAAAUCACAAAUAUCAAUCUGAUAAUAUCAACAAAGUUGUUCCAAACUUGUUGACAACUUGGGACAAGCACUGCGAACACAACUUGCUGACGGCUUGUUGGCAGAUUUGUGACAAGAUGUGUAGAUCUCACUCGUGAGUUUCCCGGAUAGCUGGGUUCCUGGAAACAGUCUCUUGAUGUGUAAUUGUCAUUUCUCUUUAGCGAGUCACUUCAGGGCAAUCAGUGUAUAUAUCGCCGCGUAAAAGUGGUAAGAAUGCCUUUCCUAGAAGCAUUAGUUUUACGAUAUAUACAUGUACACCAAGCCUAGCUAGAACGCUAAUUUUGGACAAUAAAUUCAUUUUUAGGUAUCCCACUGACGUGUGACUCGCCUCGAUUGUCGUACAGUUUCAGAGAAAGCUCUUCUGAGGUAAAAACUGUCCUCGAUUAAGGAAUAUUUAGAGCUGAUAGAGCUAUCCAGUAUAAAUAAAGUCAGUUUAGUUUAGGUUUCCUCCUGUAGUAACACUGGAUCAAUAAGAGAUGAUCCUUACUGGACCUCUAGGAAGAACAGUUUAGAACUGAUAGAGCUAUCCAGUAUAAAUAAAGUUAGUUUAGUUUAGGUUCCUCCUGUAGUAACACUGGAUCAAUAAGAGAUGAUCCUUACUGGACCUCUAGGAAGAACAGUUUAGAACUGAUAGAGCUAUCCAGUGUAAAUAAAGUUAGUUUAGUGUAGGUUUCCUCCUGUAGUAACACUGGAUCAAUAAGAGAUGAUCCUUACUGGACCUUUAGGAAGAACAGUUUAGAACUGAUAGAGCUAUCCAGUAUAAAUAAAGUUAGUUUAGUUUAGGUUUCCUCCUGUAGUAACACUGGAUCAAUAAGAGAUGGUCCUUACUGGACCUCUAGGAAGAACAGUUUAGAACUGAUAGAGCUAUCCAGUAUAAAUAAAGUUAGUUUAGUUUAGGUUUCCUCCUGUAGUAAUACUGGAUUCAUAAGAGAUGUUCCUUACUGGACCUUUUGGGAGAACAGUUUAGAACUGAUAGAAAGUGUCAAUAGAAAGUUAGUUUAGGUUUAAUGUUUUAAUAGUUUAACCUUUUUCAACCAUCUCUUCCAGAACUUACAAAACAUCAAUAGUGCUUUAUUGAGCAGCUGCAAUGGUCUCUCACGGAAACGGUUGCUAUGCGACAAUGACGAUGACGAUGAGUAUGAAAAACCCCCCAAACAAAGCACUAGUAAUGGAUUUAUGGCGCGAAAAUUGCUAGAUAUUGCGGCCGAACGAGAGACGUCAGCCAAGAGAUAAAUGGUAACUGAACUAGGAACGUAAAAUAAUUUUAAGUUAAUACUUUUAACUUUUUAAUCGUGGGGAAAAAUUCGGGGUUCCGGCUUUCGUCUGGGUCAAGAAAAGGGGCUUUAUGAGAAUUUCUUCAACUCUGUUGGCGUGGGCAAAUGAGAACAAAUGACACGAGAGCUUGCGUGAGUGUUUUCUCGACUUUCAAUCUUCAUACGAUAGCUAACAUAUCUUUCUCAACUUUCGUUGCUUUAUUAAACGAAAACAAGAGUUGCAUGAGAGUUGACAAGCGAGAGUUUACAUGAGAGUUUUCUCAACUUUCAUCUUUUGAUCAAACGAGAACAAGAGCUACAUGAGAGUUGACAAGCGAGAGUUUACAUGAGAGUUCUCUCAACUUUCAUUGCUUGAUCAAACGAGAACAAGAGUUGCAUGAGAGUUGACAAGCGAGAGUUUACAUUAGAGUUUUCUCAACUUUCAUUUUUUGAUCAAACGAGAACAAGAGUUGCAUGAGAGUUGACAAGCGAGAGUUUACAUGAGAGUUUUCUCAACUUUCAUUGCUUGAUCAAACGAGAACAAGAGUUGCAUGAGAGUUUUGUUCGCCUUUGUUGAAGGAAGUCUCAAAACUAAACAAAACUCAUGAAAUUUGAUCCAGCUCAUGCUCAAGUCGUUACAAAUUUUGAAGAAAACCAUUCGGUGCAAAAGCGAAGAUAUUCGUGCGAUCCUAUACACAGGAAUCAAAUUGCUGUGUCGUAGGUUUUUAUUCUAGUGAAAACUUGCUCUACACAGGAGAGGGGGGUUUGGAGCAAGUUCAACGGGUAGUGUAGCGUUUUAGUUAUACAAAGUAGGUCGUACUAAAGUUGCUAAAAUUUUAUCAAACUAAUGAUCAUAAAUUAAAACUAAUCGAGACAUACAGAGUGUAGUU